AUGCGAUGUGUGUCAGUUGACCUUCAGUCGCAAGACUUCUAUUGCUCGUCUUUUCGCGCUUCUGACCCGCGCCGAAGAGAUGCUGCUCAAAAACACGCAACCACACAUUCCAAAACAGCAUCAAUAACGUCGGCGCAAAUCACCGGGACUUCGGACCGUGGCUCCUCUCAUGCCUCUGAAAAAGGCCUGCAAGCUGCAUGCCUACGCUGCGCCAAAAACAAGACCAAAUGUGAUCGCCAAAUCCCUUGUGGUCGUUGUCGCUUGAAGAACCUAUCUUGUCUCCCGCGGACCUCACGUCGACGGCCCAGUUCUACCGAUCCAGGGUUCAAUGUGCCGGAGAGGUCAUCGAACGACCAGCACAGACUUGCCAGGCACGAGGCAGCAGACUCUCUGGAGAUCUCGCCCAUAACGACGACCCAAGCUCCGUUCUUGUCUGUCAUUGAUCAACAGCUGCUUCCCCAAUCGCAACAGAACUUUUCAGCCUCAGACCCUUCCGAAAAUCAGGGACAACCGCGUAGCGGCAAUUCCCUCAGAAGUCCUCCAAAUCGCCGAAACCCCUCCGUUUUGCUCGAGUCAAGACAAACCAGCGGCCAGUUUGCGACGAUACAAGCUUUCACUCCGGUCUUAGAAGGCUUCGACGUUGACCCAUUAUUUCCCGAACAAACUGCUGUCGUAACCGACCCCCAACAUACCAAUGACGACAUAAAUGCCGCUCUUCACGAGGAAGCAAAUGGUCAAACGUUCUCUCAGUCCCAGCCAGAUGCAGGUAUACCUAACAUCCUCGAGAAUGCUAGCCACGUAUUCUCACAAUUCGAUUGGGGAUGGGAGGGGUUGUUCGCCUCUCAGGCAGCCACUCCAAAUUUUCACAGUUUGUUUCUUCCAGUGGAUGCUCUCUCUUCGGCUCCAUCCCUUGAAACCCAGAGCGCGGUAACCCCAACACGCUCGACUGAAAACGUCGCUCGCCUAGGAGAUAACUACGCAGAUGCUGCGCCGUGGUCACACAUCUCUAUCACCUGGAGAGCCCAGCACUUUAAGGAACACGAGUAUUUCGAGAAUGUCAGACUUGCUGAAACGACCAGGGAGAGGAUCUUGGCUACGGCGCAGAACUUUUUUCGGCUCACUCUAGACUCGCUCAAUGUCAACUCCAAUCCUGGAACUCGUUUUUUGAUGGCAGAUUUGAAACGGUAUAGUUCCUCGAGCAUCUUGAUGCUCCCCCCUACGCCCAUCUUGCAAAUCUAUCUUGAUACAUUUUUGACGAGCUUUGAGCCAUACUUUCCCCUGGUCGACAAACGAUCCUUCGAUCCGAAUGCAAUCGCUUCCGGCAGGCACGAGCAACUUGCCAUCGUCAUGCUAUUGCUAAUGAUAGCUUAUGGCGCGAUGAGGGACCCUGCCAUCAAAGCUCGCCGACUCUCCAUGGGUCUUCUCGAGAUAUGUCGUUUGACAACGCUGCAUCUUUUAGACAAAGAUAACUCCAACCCGCGGAGUAUGAUUCUCGCCGAGUGUGCUUUGCUGAGCACGUAUCAAGCAGCUUUCAGUGGCGACAAGUGGCUCAUGGAAUCAAGUUUCGGCCAAAUGCAUCAAUAUCUUAUGCUGUCGAAGCACUCGCGCUUCUUUGAGAGAGAUCCACCCGCGCCGUAUGUCUCGUCCGACGGGGCAGACUUCGAGCUGCUCUGGCAUUCCUGGCUAGAAAGAGAAUACACUUCUAGCUUGGUUAUGGUUGACGCAGAGAUCAGCAUUUUGUACGACAAAAGUCCAACACUGACGAUACCGGACUUGGAGAAGGCUCUGCCGGACAGCGACGAUCUCUGGCUGGCACCUGACGCCCCGACUUGGUUUCAGCGCUGGAAAAGCACUAAUGGACCAGAGGCUGACGUGCCGACCGCCUUCGUCCCCGCUCAAACCUCACUGCCAGAGCUCUUUCAAUCUCUUCUGGACAACAAGCUCGAUCAUUGGAAACCGAGACUCCAGAUUCUCCACUUGCGUCUCCUUCUAUAUCCGAUUUACAUCUUGACCGCUCAGUUGUGUGAACUCAUGCUCUGUGUUUCCGACAAGGAACGGUCGCGAUUCUCGCCAACCGCAUUCCAUACCUCUUCAGCACUGCGCUUCGACGAGAUCAAGUCUCUCCUGCAGACAUGGUGGAGUGUUUUUCGUGGUUUGGACGUGGAAAGUACGAGGCAUUUCGCUCUGCAACAGGUGACAGAAAUCCUUUACCAUCUUCUCAACCUGAAGCUGGCUGUGUCUUGGUCGCACGUAGAGCAAUUCUCGCGAGCAUUUUCAAAGCAGCCCCAAGCCUUUCCGCAGUUGUCUGUAACCGCCGUACGCCGACCGCGAGAAGCCGUGUUUCAUUGCGGCCAGAUACUGCGCAUCUUGCACAACAUGGACACCGAGAUUCGCCCGUUAUGGUGGCCAUCCGCUCUCCAUCGAGUGGCUAUCAUUCUCUGGACUCUAAGUAUGAUAGAUAGUACCGAGCGACCUGAGCGCUCCGAUUCCGCCAUGACGCCCAACAUUGCGAUCGACAGACUUCCACCGGACGAUCCGAUAUGGCAACCAUUUCUAAGACGUGACAUGGGCGGACCAUGUCUUACUGCUGAGGAUGGCAGUCUACAGCCUAUAGACGACGCAAGUACGGUUUUGCAGGUCUGUUCAGACUCUCUGAGACGGCAUAAGAACGUGUCCUAUCUUGCAGAAUCCCUACUCGGCGAGCUUGACGGUCUGGCCAACCUAUGA